GCUGGGAAACAUGGCGCCGUUGUUUACAAGACGGCAGAUGAGGGUGAUUUAGCAGUAACUUCAAACUGAAAGUCUUGUGACUUGUUAAUGUUGUCACGUCACGGCUUCAUUUACCUGUUCUUCAUAAACAUUGACGAAUUAAACCCGAGCGACGGAAAGCGAAAACAGACGCUGACAGAGUGAACGAAGAGAGAGGCUUUGUUUUUGCACCGUCACUGACACACACGACUUUGCUUCAAAUCACAGGAUCUUCCUUUUUGACCUGUAGGAAGAUACUUGGAUCCAGCCGAAUGAACAAAGCGACUGCAAAGCUUCUCAUUGAGCGCUACUUUCGGCAGUUAACUGAGGGCUGUGGAAAUGGCAACUGCACGAAUAGGUUUUGCGCAUCAUGUUGUGACUUCCAACCAUUGGAUAACAAUUCAGCCGCUGCCAAAGCGCUUGAGUUGUUUAAGAAUAACGCCAAACUCUGUCCUCACCCCUCCAAGAAAGAUUCUGACAUUUCCAACCCAGACUCCAGUGCUGACGAAAAGAUGAGUGAUAUGGACGUUUGUUCCCCCAAAGAGGAUUUUUCAGAUGUUCAUCAUCUCACAGAGAAUAAUGUGUCUAUGAUCCUGAGCUUCUGUGAGGACGAGGGUGACUACUCUGCUCUGAUCCGUGUCAUUGGCAGAGUUUUCUCCAAUUCAGAAGCUCUGAUGAAGAGUUUUCGGAAGGAUGAAUCAAAUGUAACCAAUGACCGGGAUUCUUUAAAAACAACAGAUGUGGACAAACAUGAAAAGCAGAGUGAUCAACCCUCGGAGACGAUGGGUGCUUCCUCUGCUGCUGCUCUACCAGAUGAGUGUAAGGGAACGCUCCACUCCUGUGAGAUCACGGUGGACGUGGAUGCUGUGAGACGGGUGUAUGACAGACUUACAACCAUCGACCAGGUGCAGUCAGCUCUUGUGAACGCACUUGUUUACCUCACCCCAAAUGUGGAACUUGACCUAGAUUACCUUGAUGUGUAUGAAACUAACCCUGAUUACCUGAACAUCUUCAUCAUUGUGAUGGAGAACAACAACCUCCACAGUCCAGAGUACCUUGAAGUGGCUUUGCCACAGUUCUGCAAGGUGAUGAGCAAACUGCCGGUGACUGCGCUCGCGAGACUGUCAAAGCACUGGUCAACAUACGAUGUCCCACACAUCCGACGUAUGAUGGAGACCUUCCAGCAGAUCAUCACUUUCACAGUCGUCAGCAAUGAAUACGAUGCAGAAAAUCUGGUCAACGACGAUGAGACCGUGGUGGCUGCCACCCAGUGUUUAAAGGUUGUUUUCUAUGCAAGUAUCCUUGGUGGCGACGUGGACGUCGAGCACAAUGAGGAGGACGUCGAGGAGGACGAGGAUGAUUCUGAUGAGCUCACUCUACAUGAGCUGCUGGGUGAGGACAGGCUCUACAAGAAGGGUCCUCUGAUUGACCCUCUGGAGAAAGAGCUGGGAGUUCGGCCUCUGGACUGCAUCCAACCCGUCAUCCCAUUUGAGGAUUUUGUAAACGAGUCGCUGAAUGACGUCGUUGAGAUGGACAAAGAUUUCACCUUCUUCAAGGUCAACGCCGAGACCAAGUUCUCUUUUCAGAGUUGCCCCUUCAUCCUCAGUGUCAUCACCAAGAGCCAAGGACUUUACUACGACAACAGGAUCAGAAUGUACAGCGAGCGACGCCUCACCGCCCUCUACAGCAUGGUUCAGGGCCACCAGCCCAACCCGUACCUCAAGCUCAAGGUUCGCAGAGAUCACAUCAUCGACGAUGCCCUCGUCAGACUGGAGAUGAUCUCCAUGGAGAACCCGUCUGACCUGAAGAAGCAGCUGUUUGUUGAGUUUGAGGGGGAGCAAGGUGUUGACGAAGGAGGGGUGUCAAAAGAGUUCUUCCAGUUGGUCCUGGAGGAAAUUUUCAAUCUUGACAUUGGAAUGUUCACCUAUGACAACAUCACAAAACUUUUCUGGUUUAAUUCGUCCUCACUUGAGACUGAAGCACAGUACACUCUCAUUGGCAUCGUGCUGGGGCUCGCCAUUUACAACAACUGCAUCCUGGACGUCCACUUCCCUAUGGUCGUCUACAGGAAACUAAUGGGAAAGAAGGGGACCUAUUUGGACCUGUCAGACUCACAUCCAGUUCUCUACCAGAGUCUGAAGGGUUUGCUUGAAUACACCGGUAACGUGGAAGAAGACAUGAUGCUCACCUUCCAGAUAUCCCACACAGACCUUUUUGGAAAUCCAGUAUUAUACGAUCUGAAGGAGAAGGCAGACCAGAUCCCUGUUACCAAAGAGAAUAGACAGGAGUUUGUGGAUCUGUAUGCUGAAUACAUACUGAACAAGAGCGUGGAAAGACAAUUCAGAGCCUUUAAAAAAGGUUUCCUAAUGGUCACAAACGAGUCCCCACUGAAGUAUUUGUUUAGACCGGAGGAAGUGGAGCUGCUCAUCUGUGGGAGCAGGAAACUUGACUUUGAAGCCCUUGAAAAGGCCACGGAAUAUGACGGAGGUUAUAGCAAAGACAGUCCAAUAAUAAAAUAUUUCUGGGAAAUAAUUCACUCAUUUGGAGAGGAGCAGAAGAGGUUGUUCCUUCAGUUCACCACCGGCACAGACCGAGCCCCAGUCGGCGGACUCGGCAAGUUAAAGAUGAUCAUCACCAAGAACGGCACAGACACAGACAGGCUGCCGACCUCUCACACCUGCUUCAACGCACUGCUGCUCCCAGAAUACAACUCCAAAGAAAAACUGAAAGAGAGGCUCCUGAAGGCCAUCACUUACGCUAAAGGCUUUGGGAUGCUGUGAUUGAUUACAGAUUAGGACAAACAAACAAAGGGAGUAUCGCUAAAAUAAAUAAAAACAAAAUGCUGAGGGAAAAGCCAUGAAACAAAAUGCUGCAGUGACCCUGUGCCUAACUCAUCAGCCCGUCACUCACCGAGGCCUCACUGCCUUUGAGAGUCAAUUUCAUACGUUUCCCAAAGUCAGUGUGUCUACAAUCGUGGUCGUUGGGAUCCACUGUCCAACAUGCACCAACACACCUGAUUCCCAUAAAUGGCUGGUUAGCAGGCCUCUGAAUCAGGUGUGUUGGAGCAUGGAAACAUGAGGACCACGGUUGAGAAACUCUGCCCCACGUUUUAACAUGUUUUUUUUGUCUUUUUUCAUGUGUGUUUUGUUUCUGAAGAAACUUGGAAAGUGCACUUACACACAGUAUUCUCAUGAAUGCCAGAACAUGCCUUUCUUUUUUUAAAUGUAGUUUGAUUUGCAGUUGUUCAUAACGUAGCAGGAGUUAGUCCUCACCCUCAUCUGAGUAGACGGCUGAUAAUGGUGCUCUUUGGUUGUGAUUAUCAGUGUGGUAUCUACAUGUAUGACUGCUGAGCCAUGACUUAGCCUCACUGACGAGCGCGUGUUCCACAGUUUGCUGCCAGUGUGAGAGCCACCUCACCUCUAACCUGACGGUUAUUUUAAAGUAUUUGUGUUGUGCCAGUUAUUUUGCGUUUGAAAAAGGACACUGUGUGUUGUGUUGUGUUGCGAUGUCAUGAAUCUGAGCAGAUGAUUUGCUUUCGUUAGGAGUUUCAGAAUGUGUUUACUGACUGGUCAGUUCAGACUUUCACAUCCUGAAAAAGGUUGUUUGUUUUUUUCCCUUCCUGUAUUUGGUUAGUUUGCUGUAAAGUGCUGUUCAUUGCACAUGAGUUAAGUGCUGUCACCAAAUGUGCAAUGUCUGUCUGAGUUGUAGAGUCACAUGUUAACAGCUGUUUUAUUUGGCCAAAUAUCUCAGGUACAUAAAUUAUGUGCAGAUAAUGUGAAACUCGUGAAUUAACAAUUAUGCAAAAGAAAUAAAACCUAUUGAAACUUUUAAA